AUGAUACCGUCCUUGACAAACAGUACCGCAACGGGGAAUAAUUUGACUCUUUCAAUGAACAAUACUACAUCAGGAAUAACUCCUCCUCUGAACAAUGCCACAGUCAUUCCUCUGCUGAACAGCACCACAGCGGUAACUACUUCGCUGAACAAUACCACAGAGAUAGACAAUGUCACGACUGUAAUAGGUCAUACCACAGACGUGAACGCUACUCCAACUAUGACUCCUUUUCUGAAUGGUACAACGUUGGUACCGAAUAACAGCACAGGACAGAAUAGUUCAGCACCGUUGAAUCCCUUGGACAAUGCCACGGACGAGAACAGUACCACAGGGGCAAUUCCUGACCAGACUACCCAUACGAUGAUGACUCCUACGUUGAAUAAAACUGAGGGACAGAACAAUGCUACAGUGAAGAGUGCACACAAUACCGAUGACGUGACUUCUCUGGCGAACACUACCACAGCGAAGCCUUCCUUUCAGAAUGGAACAGCCACGAAUCAUCCCCCAUUCCUGAACACCUCGGCAGGAAGUCCUCCGUCCAUGAACGUGUCAAAGAACCCUCUAUUGGUAAGUACCGUAGGUGGAUUACUCACUCUAAGUCUCUCAGAGAACACUACCACAGCAAUGAACAAUACCACGAGGGUGACUCCUUUGCUGAACAGUACAGCAGAAAUGAGCACUGCCACAAUUGUGACUCCCUUGCUGAACAAUACAGCAGAAGUGAACAAUAUGACAGUGCAGGCUCCGUUGAAUACUACCGAGGAUGUACAAAGUGCAACUCCCAUUGCUAUCCAAAAAACAGCUACAGAAAAUACAGCAAUGUCAGGGACUUUGCAUUUAGAGAAAGAUACUGUUACCAUAACUCCCAUUUCAGAUGAAGUUCAGGAUUCCACAUUUUCAUCUCUAACGAAUAAUAAAACUUCUCCAAACAGGACGGUUGAUGCUGCUACAACUCGGUCCAAGGAUUUGCCAAGAACUAGAGAACUGGAUAGAAAUACAAUCAUUUCUGAAACAGUUACUGAAGCAUUUGGCGAAGAAACUGAAAUCUUACUUCAGGACUUUACUGAAGGACUUUAG